AUGUCUGAGCGCGGCAUCCUUGUGAAGGGCGUGUACGAAGUAUGGGGUCACUCAGCUAAUCCUGGUGACUACAACGAGCUUGUAGCAUCGGUAGAAAAGUUUGAAGGCCCACAGAAAUUGCAAAUUCUUCAGGAUGCUAAUAUUUCGUGGCGCAUCAACGUGGCUGUCUUUGGUAAGAAAUUAAGCAUGGAAGAGCAGCACACACGUCGCGAACGAUUUCGAAAGGUUCUUCCGUUUGCAGGUCCUGUGCAAAUGAAGAACCCAAACGAGACCUUUCUUGUACUAGAAGAGCUGGGUCUGGACCAGGACCUGCAUCCGGACAUGAAACCCAAACAGAUAUUUCUUCUGCGGGAACUUGCUGGUAGCGAGAAAAACCGAGGACGAGGCGGCGCAAGAGAUCUAGUGGACCUUCAGACGUUGAAGCGUAGAGCGUACAUUGGUCCCACGUCGAUGGAGUCAGAAAUGGCGUUAUUAAUGAGCAACAUGGCACUGGUUCAGCCUGGAGACGUAGUUAUAGACCCUUUUGUUGGAACUGGCAGUGUCUUGAUUCCGUGUGGAACACAAGGUGCUAUGUGCUACGGUACAGACAUUGACAUUCGAGUACUGCUUGGUACUGGUGUUGGGGUCAUGGGCGCUGGCGUUGCAUUAAUCGAAAAAGAAGUCGAUAUCAGACAGCGCAUCAACGUGUGUACCAAUUUCAAGCAAUAUAGACUCCCACUUCCAGAGCUUAUACGCGCUGACAACUCCAUGUCUCCUCUUGUGACACGUUGCAAAGAUUUUUUUGACGCAAUCGUUUGUGAUCCGCCGUAUGGCAUUCGUGCUGGGGCUCGUAAGAGUGGUCGGAAACACCCAAGCAGAAAUGAUAUGAAGAUGACGAUCAAGCAAGAAAAUUAUAUUGCUCCCACUCAACCAUACGCUGCUGAAGAUGUGAUGAAAGACCUUCUCGAGUUUGCGGCUCAAACGUUGCGUGAAGGUGGGCGACUCGUGUAUCUGUUGCCGACCACAUACAAGUACAAGGACUCGGAUCUUCCUCGACAUCCUCAUCUUGAGGUAAUUGCAAACUCGGAGCAGAAACUUACAAAAAAGUACGCUAGGCGUCUCAUCACGAUGGUGAAGCGUAAACCAUUUUCGUUGCUAGCAAAGUACAAUAAGCAACGAAUGGCAAUGUCGCUGUCGUUUAUCUUGUGUCAAUCUGAGGAAGAGGUGACUUCUUGCAGUGGUUUGCACUCGAUAAAGAAUGAGGAAACGUCCAGUGCCGUGUUCAAGGCAAAUAAAAUUUGUGAUUCAAGAAAUACAGCCAGAAAAUCGAGUACUGAGGCCCAAAAACACAAUGAAGACAGCGAUGAUGGCAGUAUUUUAAUCAUUUCGCACGAUAGGACGCAACACGUUCGUAAAUUGCAAAAUAUUCGCCAGCGUCGCUACCGCGAUCGAAAGAAAUUAAACAUGUCAGUGCUGCAAGCCAACGCUGACCAACUACAUCAAGAAAACGGAGCACUGGAAUUGGCAAUUAUAAAAUUUCUUAAUUCUUGA